AAGGCUGCUGGUGUAGGAUGAAGGUUUUCAGGAGUCACAUGGACUUAACUUUUAACUGGAGUUCAGUUCAUUCUCACUACUCAGCAACGCACCUUGUGCUAAUUUCUUUCUCUCUUUUUUUUGAAACUUUUUGCUUCCCAUUUAGCUACUUUCCUCGCAUAUUCUGACAUUUUUUCCGGACUUUUUGAGGACUUUCAUCGCAGACACCGGUUGCUAGUUCUGAAUAUGUUGCGAACUUUCUUCUGCCGCAUCUAAACUCAACUUGGUGAUGUGAAACCGUGACCGGCUGAAGGAAAUAGCGUUUCUUUACAUCCACAAGUUCCCUCAGAAUGACUGAAGAAAGCAGAAGUGAACACAGAGCUGAAAGCGGAAAGGACCAGGAGAAACAGCUCCGGCUGCGAGUCUGCGUCCUAAAUGAACUUUUAAAGACUGAACGGGAUUAUGUUGGGACACUGGACUUUCUCUCGGUGUUCCUACAUCGCCUCAACCAAUACGCAGCCACCAAAAUCGACAAAAACAUCACAGAGGAAACGGUGAAGGUUUUAUUCUCCAACAUUGAGGAGAUUCUGGCCGUCCACAAGGACUUUCUCUCCAUGGUGGAGGAGCUGCUGCAGCCUGAACCUCAUGCUCACCACGAAGUCGGCCGCUGCUUUUUGCACUUCAAGAGCCGUUUCCAGAUUUAUGAUGAAUACUGCGGGAAUCACGAGAAGGCCCAGAGGCUGCUGCUGGAGCUGAAUAAGAUCAGAAGCGUCAGGACGUGCUUACUGAACUGCAUGCUGCUGGGAGGCAGGAAAAACACCGAGGUCCCACUCGAAGGCUACUUGGUAGCUCCCAUUCAGAGGAUCUGCAAGUACCCGCUGCUGCUCAAAGAGCUGCUGAAGAGGACCCCCAGGAAACACAACGACCACGCGCUGGUGCAGGAGUCCCUCCAGGUGAUGAAGGCGGUGUGCUCCAGCAUCAAUGAAGCCAAGAGGCAGAUGGAGAAGUUGGAGAUUUUAGAAGAAUGGCAGUCCCAUAUCGAGGGAUGGGAGGGAUCCAACAUCACAGAUACGUGCACGGAGAUGCUGAUGCAGGGCGUCCUGCUAAAGAUUUCAGCUGGAAACAUACAAGAGAGGGUUUUCUUCUUGUUUGACAAGCUUCUGGUUUAUUGCAAGAGAAAAAACAGGCGUUUGAAAAACAGCAAAGCAUCCAGCGAAGGCCCACGCUACCAGUUCAGAGGAAGAAUCAACACCGAGGUGAUGGAGGUGGAAAAUGUGGACGAUGGCACAGCCGACUACCACAGCAGUGGGAAUAUCGUUAACAACGGCUGGAAGAUCCACAACACGGCCAAGAACAAGUGGUUCGUCUGCAUGGCCAAGACCCCGGAGGAGAAACAGGAGUGGCUGGAGGCCAUCAUGAAAGAAAGGGAACGGAGGAAAAGUCUGAGGCUGGGCAUGGAGCAGGACACGUGGGUCAUGGUUUCAGAGAAAGGAGAGAAGCUCUACCACCUCAUGACCAAAGGGAACCUCAUUAAGGACCGGAAGCGCAAGCUUACCACUUUUCCCAAGUGUUUCCUGGGAAGUGAGUUUGUUUCUUGGCUGAUGGAAAUUGGUGAGACGGGCAACCCAGAGGAAGGGGUUCACUUGGGUCAAGCUCUGCUGGAGAAUGGCAUCAUCCACCAUGUCACAGACAAGCACCAGUUCAAGCCCGAGCCUGUGCUGUACCGCUUCCGAUAUGACGAUGGCACCUACCACCCCAGGAGUGACAUGCAUGAUGUUAUAGCCAAGGGUGUCCGGCUCUUCUGCCGCCUUCACAGCCUCUUCAACCCUGUCAUCAGGGAUAAGGACUACCAUUUACGGACCUACAAGUCUGUGGUCAUGGCUAACAAGCUCAUAGACUGGCUUAUUGCACAGGGGGACUGCAGAACAAGAGAGGAAGCGCUGAUCUUGGGGGUAGAGCUGUGCGACAACGGCUUCAUGCAUCACGUGUUGGAGAAGAGCGAGUUUAAGGAUGAACCUUUGCUGUUCCGUUUCUUUGCUGACGAGGAGAUGGAGGGAUCCAACACCAAACACAAACCCUUGAAGCACGAUCUGAAAAUAGUGGAAAAUGUCAUCGCAAAGUCUCUCUUGAUAAGGCCAAGCGACGGAAGCUACGGCUUUACCCUGGAAGAAAGAAACCGAGUCCCCAUCAUUAAAUAUGUGGAGAAGGGCUCUGCGGCUGAGAUGGCUGGCCUGGAAGUUGGGAAGAAGUUGUUUGCCAUCAACGGAGACCUGGUGUUCCUGAGGCCGUACUCUGAAGUGGAAGUUCUCCUCAGGCAGUGUUUCAACAGCAAGGGACCCCUCAGGGUGCUGGUCAGCACCAAGCCGAGAGAGACAAUAAAGAUUCCGGACUCUGCAGACGGUCUGGGCUUCCAGAUCCGAGGAUUUGGACCCUCGGUGGUCCAUGCUGUUGGAAGAGGAACGGUGGCAGCCACCGCCGGCCUCCACCCUGGCCAGUGCAUUAUCAAAGUAAAUGGCAUCAACGUGAGCAAGGAGAGCCACGCCAGCGUCAUCGCUCAUGUCACCGCGUGCAGAAAAUACCGGCGACCAUCGCAGCAAGACACCGUUAAGUGGAUUUACAAUAACAGCGAGAGCGCUCUGGAGGAAAACCAUAAAUCUGACCAGAAACCCACCCUGGAGGAGAACGGAGAUGGCUUCGAGGGCAAAGUGGAAGAAGUGAUGGACAAAUUCAACACGAUCGCCAUCAUUGAUGGGAAGAAGGACCACGUGAGUCUGACUGUAGACAACGUCCACCUGGAGUACGGCGUGGUGUACGAGUACGACAGCACUGCUGGCAUCAAGUGCCACGUGCUGGAGAAGAUGGUCGAGCCCAAGGGGUUCUUCAGCCUCACUGCGAAGAUCCUGGAGGCUUUGGCGCGGAACGACGACAUGCUGCUGCAGAUGUGCGGCAGGUUGAGCUCCAGCUGUGACGUGAUACCCGACGACUUGCAGGUACGCUUCAAUGCGAUGUGUGGCGAGAGGGCGGAGCACAUCAACCGGCGCAUCACCAGUUACAGAAAGUUUUCUCGGGUACUGAAGAACAGAGCAUGGCCCACGUUCAAGCAGGCCAAAGCCAAAGUCUCACCUCUCCACAGCAGCGACUUCUGUCCCACGAACUGCCACAUCAAUGUGAUGGAGGUCUCCUACCCCAAGACCACAACCUCUCUGGGCAGUGCAUUUGGCGUGCAGCUGGACAGCAGGAAGAACUCGUUGGAGAAGAGUGCACGCAGCGCUGGAGAGAGCGGUAAGCUGAACCCCAUGGUGAAUGCCCAAUACACCAUCACAACUAUGGCUGCCCCGUCGAGUCACAGUCUGGGUCGGAUGGAGGGACACGGACUUCGUUUUCUGCUCCGAGAAGAAGACCUGCUCACCCUGGACGCAUAUCAGAAACUUCUUUAUAAACUCACCGCUGCUGUCAAGGAAAUGGAGACACACGGCGCCCAUAUUCACGACCUUCUAUCCUCCAUCACAUAUCCUGCAGCGUCAGAGGUGAGACACCCAGAGAGCUACAUCUCCGCAGAGAGCGAAGGGGAGAAGGCAGAGAGGAAUGGGAAGAAGGUGUGUUUCAAUGUGACAGGAGACGAGCAGGAGGACUCUGGACAUGACACUAUCAGCAACAGAGACUCGUAUAGUGACUGCAACAGCAACAGGAACUCGAUCGCCUCCUUCAGCAGCAUCUGCAGCAGUCACUGCAGCUCCUAUGUUCACAGUGAUGACAUGGAUUCAGGAGAUGAAAUGCCAUCUAGUGUGUGGCUGUCCCAUGACAAGCAGAGGAAACUACACAGCUUCCUAGAGCAUCUGUUUAGCCAGGUGGACUCAAUCACCAGCAUGCUGAGAGGAGCGGGGGUGGCGCGGGCAUUCGAGCAGACAAAGUGCUUCACGCCUGCAAGAGGGCUGCAAGAAUUCCUGCAGGAGAUGGAGCCCAGGGUGAACUGCGCCAAAAAGCUGCGCCUCCACAUCAAGCAGGACCCAUGGAACCUUCCCAACAGCGUUCAGGGGCUCACACAAAUCAUUUCUAAAUAUGUAGAAGAGGUGAAGACACGACUGCUCUUGGUUCUACUGCAGUAUACAGACUCUGAGAUCCAGUUGCGACGAGAUGUGGUGUUUUGUCAGUCUUUAGUUGCAGUGGUGUGCGCAUUCUCAGAGCACCUGUUGGCUGUACUGAACCAGUUCCAUACUGUAGGAGUAGAACUGGAUCAGGACUUUCCAGAUCCUCAGGAACUCCAGGAAGCCCAGGAGGCGAGCCGACGGUGGCUGGAGCAGAUCGCCAGCGCUGGCCUGCUGUUUCACUUCCAGUCCCUCCUGUCUCCCAAUCUGACUGAUGAGCAGGCCAUGCUGGAGGACACUCAGGUGGCCCUGAUUGAUCUGGAGAAGGUCACUUUCCACUUCCAACAAUUUGAAGGAGAACCAUUGGUAGCAAAUAUGCCCAUCUCCCACCAGGUGGAGGGCACUCGCCAGGCCCUGAGGGUCUGCUUCUACCUGGAGAGUUACUACUUCGCACAUUUGCCGUACAGGCUAAAAAACGGAGGAGGUGUCAAAAUCUACCCAGUACUCUUUACGCAGGCUCUGGAGAGCAUGGAGGGUUAUUACUACAGAGACAACGUGUCGGUGGAGGAAUAUCAGGCCCAAAUUAACGCUUCCUCGUUGGAGAAGGUCAAGCAGUACAACAAAAGACUCGGGGCGUUUUUCCUAGAUCAGUCCAACAUACCGCCCAGCACUGCACCCAAAGCUGCCCUCAUAGAUAAGUUAAUGCGACCCCUAAACGCUCUGGAGGAGCUCUACCGUCUGAUGGAGAGCUUUAUAAGCUGCCGCCGCACCGCCGCCUGCCAGUUCACAGCCUGCGGGGCUUCUGGAGUAGGGCUGCUCACCGUCGCGUCGGAGCUCUGCUCGCGUCUGGGAGCCACCCACGUCGUUAUGUGCAACAGCGGCGUUCAUCGCUGCACUCUGAGUGUCACACUGGAGCAGGCCAUCCUGUUGGCUCGAAACCAUGGCCUUCCCCCUCGAUGCAUCAUGCAGGCCACUGAUGUCAUGAGGAAGCAGGGAGCGAGAGUUCAGAAUUCUGCCAAAAAUCUGGGAGUGAGAGAUCGAACGCCAUCAUCAGUUCCAAGGUUGUACAAGCUGUGCCAGCCUCCUCCCCCAGAUGGAGAUCCAUAAUGCAAUGCAUCGAAGAACAUGCUGAAACAUUCUGCAGGUUCAGCAAUCAAACUUCUCCCUCUACCAGUUUGUUAAUCUAGUUGAAGAUAGUGCCUUGUAUAUGUCCACUCUAGCUGCCUACAAUGUAAAUAAAGUUUUAAAUAGUAUUUUAAUGUUUUAUAUUGUGAUUGUUGUACUUUAUACAAACAUUGUUUUUUUUUAUGUAUCGAAAAAGAUAUUGGAUCUGAAUGAGAAGGCAAAAUGGGUCAUAAAUCCCAUCAUGUAACUGUUUCAUAUGUUUUUUUUCGCUGAAGAUAUUUUAAUUUCAUACUCGUUUGAAUCACAUAGUUACACUCCCAUGCAAAAGUAUUCUCAGCCCUUUAACUUCAUCACUUUUCAUCACAUCAAUGGAUUGAGACAAACAGAAAGUAACAGAAUUUUGGAAAGAAAAUAUACUUUUUAAUGUUGAUUUUUCCAAAUAAAAAUCUGAAAAGUUCAGAGGGCAAAUGCGUCGUAGAAUGACAUUUUAUAGCAGUUAGAGCAUUUUUGAAGUUUUUUGGUAUGUUUUUGCCAGCUUUGCAGAUCCAGAAGCUGAAAUUCUAGCCCAUUCUCUAAUGCUAAAAUGGUCAAGCUAAGUCGGAUUGGAUGGAGAGUGUCUGUUAACAUCAGUUUAAGUUUUUCCAAAGAUUCCCAAUUUGAUUUAGGACUGGGGUCAUAUGAACAAAUGAAUAUGCUUCGAUCCAAGCCUGUUCAUUGAGGUCUCAAUGUUUUGGAAAUAUUUGCCAUGUUUUCAAGUCUUUGCAGCAUUAAGAGCCUUUCUUCUAUGGUUAUUUUGUUUUCAGUUCCAUCUGGGUUUUCUAUUCCUCCUUGGGAAAAUCACCCCAACCACAUGCUGCUGCCUGCACCAUUCACUGCCGUAUUUAGUGAUGUACUUAUUAAUGCUGUCUUUGCCUGACCUGACGGCUUAGGUAGAGGCCAUGUCUUGGUGAGCUUAUAUUUCCGACAUAUUUUCAUUUUUAGAUUUGGAAUUCAACGUUGAGCUUAAGAUGUGGUUUUAUCUCCUACUCUGCUUUCAGCUUGUGCACAUUUUUCUAAUUGCAUGAUGGUUUGGUUUAACUGGACUUUUUUUUAGAGGCACCUGAUUACAAACGGUGAACAAAAAUGCACUUUUUGCAUUUUUAUUUGUAAUAAAUGUAAAAAACUAAACAAAACAUGCCUUUCACUUCACAAUUUU